CAAGUAGCUGACUACUACUGAUGCAUCGCCUCAGGCAGCGGCCAUAGGCCCAAUACAUUGAAAAGGGCUGAGCAAGCAUUGAAUGUUCCAGAACAACUAGAUGCUUGCCUGGUUAAUACUUCAUAUGCAAGACAAUAGGGCUUCUGUUCCCAUGAUUAAUAUAUAUUAUUAAAUUACAUACUUACAAUUUGGCAACAAAAAGCCAGUUCAAAAAAUAGGUUAUAAAACUUGGACUUAACAUUUUAUCACCAAAAAUUUGUACAUUUUAAUCACUCAGUAUAGAACUACUCAAAGUCAAAAUCAAUCAAUAUAAAUUAAUUUAAUAAAAAAAUAAUGGGCCGUUUAGCAACUGUAGCAGUAUCCUGCUUAAAUCAGUGGGCCUUAGAUUUUGAAAGUAAUAAACAACGUAUAUUAGAAAGCAUUGAAAUUGCUAAACAAUCAGGUGCAACUUAUCGUAGUGGACCUGAACUUGAAAUAUGCGGUUACAGUUGUGAGGAUCAUUUUUUAGAAAGUGAUACACUUUUACACUCAUGGCAAGUUUUAGUUGAAAUAAUGAUGCACCAAUCUUCUGCAGAUAUAAUGGUUGAUGUUGGUAUGCCCAUAAUGCAUAAAAAUUCAACUUAUAAUUGUAGAGUUGUCUUUUUGAACAAAAAAAUUUUAUUAAUCAGACCUAAAUUAUUAAUGUGUGAUACUGGAAACUAUAGAGAAUCACGUUGGUUCACUCCUUGGAGAAAAAUACGUACGGUUGAAGAUUUUUUUUUACCACGAAUUGUACAGAAAUAUACAGGUCAAACCACUGUACCUUUUGGUGAUGCUGUUAUUGCCACAGCAGAUACUUGUAUUGGAUAUGAAAUAUGUGAAGAACUGUGGAGUCCUAAUAGUACGCAUAUACCAAUGUGUUUAGAUGGUGUUGAAAUAAUAGUGAAUAGUUCUGGAUCUUACAUGGAAUUACGUAAAUCCUCAAUUGUGUUAGAUUUAAUUAAAUCUGCAACAUUCAAAAAUGGUGGUUGUUAUUUAUACAGUAACUUAAGAGGUUGUGAUGGUCAGAGAGUUUGUUUUAAUGGUUGUUCUAAUAUUGCAUUAAAUGGUGCAUUAAUCAAAGUAGGAACACAAUUCAGCUUGAAAGAAGUAGAAGUUACAUAUGCUACUAUUGACUUAGAAGAUAUACGAAGCUAUAGAAAUGCCAUUAAGUCAAGAUCUAGUUUAAGUGCUAAAUCUUACCAAAGAAUAAUGGUUUCUGAUUUUAGUUUAUCAAAAGAUACUGAAAGAGUACCAGAUCCUAUUUUAUCAAAUUUCAAAUGUUUAUUACCUGAGGAAGAGAUUUCAUUAGGUCCUGCAUGUUGGUUAUGGGAUUAUUUAAGGCGCUCUAAACAAGGUGGCUACUUUUUACCUUUAAGUGGUGGUGUAGAUUCAUCAAGUACAGCGUGUAUUGUUUAUUCGAUGUGCAAUUUAAUUGUUGAAGCUUGUCAUGAUGGUGAUAAUCAAGUAUUAAAUGAAGUAAGAACUAUUAUUGGUCAAAAAACUUACUUUCCUUCUAGUGCUAAAAAUCUCUGUAAGGAGCUCCUUACAACAUGUUAUUUUGCUACUGAAAAUUCAUCGUCUGAGACUAAAAAACGAGCCAUAGAUUUAUCGAGUCAAAUAUCCAGCUAUCAUUUAAGUGUCUGUAUUGAUAAAGCAGUUUCUGCAGUAAUAUCCAUUUUUGUAGGAUUAACAAACAAAACUCCACAGUUUGCUGUAAAUGGAGGUUCUCCGCGAGAAUCAUUAGCAUUACAGAAUGUACAAGCCAGACUUCGAAUGGUUUUAACAUAUUUAUUUGCUCAACUCAUGCUGUGGGUACGAGGAAGACAAGGAGGAUUAUUAGUAUUGGGUUCAAGUAAUGUUGAUGAAGCUCUUAGAGGCUACAUGACAAAAUAUGAUUGUUCAAGUGCUGAUGUUAAUCCAAUUGGUGGUAUUUCUAAAUCUGACUUAAAAAUGUACCUUAAAUAUUUUAGAAAUAAACAUUCUCUAGUAGCCCUUGAUGAUAUAAUUAAUGCUAUUCCAACAGCUGAACUUGAACCACUAAUGUCUGGACAAAUAUCACAGUCUGAUGAAGAAGAUAUGGGUAUGACAUAUAAUGAAUUAUCUAUUUAUGGAAAACUUCGUAAACAAAAUUAUUGUGGUCCCUACAGUAUGUUUUGUAAAUUAUUAUUAUUGUGGGGGGAUCAAUUUACACCUGAACAAAUAGCUGAAAAAGUAAAGCAUUUUUUUAGAUGUUAUGCGAUUAAUAGACACAAAAUGACUGUUUUGACUCCUAGUUAUCACGCUGAAUCAUAUAGUCCUGAUGAUAAUCGUUUUGAUCACCGACCAUUUCUCUAUAACGUUAUGUGGCCAUGGCAAUUUCGAUGUAUUGACCAAAAAGUUGAAGAAUAUUACAAUAAAAAAAAGGAUGUUUCUAGAUACCUAGGAUUAGACUCUAAGUAUGCUGUUAAUGUUUGAGCAAAAUUAUAGUGGAAAAAACUUAUGCUUUUAAUGGCUUAAUUUAAUACUAAAAGUAUAUUUUUUAUUUAUUGUAGAUGGCAUAUUGACAAUUUUUAUACAUUUUAAAAUUAAUAAAUUUAUAAUACUUUUAAAUAUUGCAUACACAAAAAAUAUUGAUAUUAUGAUACAAUAUCAUGUUGACAAUUUGAUAGAAAUAUCAAAUUUUAAUGGUUCAAUAUAUUGUAAUAUAAAUUUAACAUGAUUA